UCUCGCGCGCGCUCCAGCCCCGUGGCCCGAGUCUGUGCUCUGCUCCGGAGUAAAGGAUCCCGCUUUGUUGAGAAGGUGUCCCAAAACACGCGGGCGAAUCCGAACGCGAACACGCAAACCGGCCCGUGGAACGCGGCUUCAUCAAAAUAUGUGCACUGUCUCUUUAAGAUCCCUUCACUGGUCCGCUUCGUAUUGAUCAAUCCACCAUUUUCCAGCGCACAGCACUGAGCGGCGGCGGCGGAGAGAGAAAGCCCUACCUGGAGACGCCAGGCAGGACCGGGGGCAGAGUCAUGGCAGCCAACAUGUACCGGGUCGGAGAUUAUGUUUAUUUCGAAAACUCCUCCAGUAACCCACUGCUGAUCAGGCGAAUAGAGGAACUCAACAAGACGGCGAAUGGGAACGUGGAGGCCAAAGUGGUGUGUUUCUACCGGCGCAGAGACAUUUCCGCAACACUCAUCGCCCUCGCUGACAAACAUGCACGAGAGAUGGAAGAGGAGAUGGAGAACCCCGAGAUGGUGGAUCUUCCAGAGAAGCAGAAGCAUCAGCUGAGGCACAGAGAGCUCUUCCUCUCCAGACAGUUGGAAUCUCUGCCUGCGACACACAUCAGGGGGAAAUGCUGUGUUACUCUUCUGAAUGAGACGGAAGCCCUCAAGUCCUAUUUAGACAGAGAGGAUGCCUUUUUCUACUCGCUGGUGUACGACCCACAGCAGAAGACUUUGCUGGCUGAUAAGGGAGAGAUCAGAGUGGGGAACAAGUACCAGGCUGACAUCACUGACCUCCUCAAAGAGGGAGAGGAGGAUGAUCGGGAGCUGGAGAAACUGGAGGAGAAGGUGUGGGAUCCAAGCAACCCCCUUACCGAGAAACAGAUCGACCAGUUCCUCGUCGUGGCUCGGUCUGUGGGCACGUUUGCGCGGGCUCUAGACUGCAGCAGUUCAGUUCGGCAGCCCAGUCUGCACAUGAGCGCUGCAGCAGCCUCCAGAGACAUCACACUGUUUCACGCCAUGGACACGUUGCAUAAGAACGGCUACGAUAUGACGCGGGCCAUCGCAGCGCUGGUACCUCAGGGCGGACCUGUGCUCUGCCGGGACGAAAUGGAGGAAUGGAGUGCAUCCGAAGCUAACCUAUUUGAAGAAGCGCUGGAGAAAUACGGCAAAGACUUCACUGAUAUCCAGCAGGACUUUCUUCCGUGGAAGUCUCUGACCAGCAUCAUUGAGUAUUACUACAUGUGGAAGACCACAGACAGAUACGUUCAGCAGAAACGAUUAAAAGCAGCUGAAGCGGAGAGCAAGUUAAAGCAGGUUUACAUCCCAAAUUAUAACAAGCCCAAUCCUAACCAGCUGAGUGUGAACAGUGUUAAGCCUGGGCUGGUGAAUGGAGCGGGGGCUCUUCCAGGAGCUCCAGGACAGCCGGUCGGAUUGGGACGAGCUUGCGAGAGCUGCUACAGUGAGUCCACCAGCUCGUAUCAGUGGUACUCCUGGGGUCCUCCCAACAUGCAGUGCCGACUCUGUGCCUCCUGCUGGACCUACUGGAAAAAGUACGGAGGUCUGAAGAUGCCAACCAGACUGGAUGGAGAGCGGCCUGGACCCAACCGCAACAACAUGAGUCCUCACGGUUUGCCCGUGAGACACAGCGGAAGCCCCAAGUUUGCCGUUAAGACCAGACAGGCUUUCUACCUGCACACAUCUCAGAUGACGAAAGCGGCUCGACGAGUCUGCCAGGACCUGCUGAGAUCCAAAUACUUGGCCAGACACCCGUACACACCUGUCAACACCAUCGCUAUUAAAGCUGAGUGUGCUGUGCGGUUGCCAGAUAUGUCUAAAAAACCUGCAUCCCUAAAGCAGACAGUAAGAAAGCCUUUAGAGUCUGUGGUUAGAUAUCUCGAGGCGCACCCCCUCCCACCCAAAGCAGACCCUCCACGAGGAAUCACCAUUUCCACAGGCAGCCUGACGCCCAUUAAAUCCACACCCAUCCUCAACAACGGCUCGCCAACCAUCCUGGGCAAACGCAACUACGAGCAGCACAACGGCUUGGAUGGGUCCAAACCCAAAGUCCUGGCUCCUCAGUGGGAGAUAAUGGCCAAGAGGAUGUCUGAAGCUGGCCGGACUCCCUCUGUUUUGCAGGACGAGGUUCACGAGCUAGACUGACCUCUGCUUUGACAUUUGACUGCUAAACUCCAACCAGAUGUGCAGGUGACUCGAGAUUUUAUUUUAUUUUUGUUUUUUUCAGCUCUCAGUGACGGAAGGACCUAAGAAAGCAUCUGCGGUCAGAAUGCCCUGUCUGAGAGGCCCAUUUUUUUUUUUUUUUUUUUUUUUUUUACAGCUGAAGCCAUUGUAAAGACUGCAACGCCCUGACGUCUCCAUGGGUUUCCAACAGCCUGUGGGCAAUCACAGGACUGACCUGAUUGUACAGGACUGAUUAUUACUACUACUACUAUUAUUAUUAUUAUUAUUAUUGUUUACCAUUGGCUGUUACGUCUGUCAUUGUAAUUACUAUUAUAAUUAUUACAAUUAUUAUUACUGCUCUCUUUUUUUUUAUCAAGUAUAACCAUUUUCUUUUUAAUGACUUGAGAAAAUGUAUGAAUCUUGAACGUUUUUUGAAAUGGCUUACGCCCAUAGUGUAAAGGUGGGACGAGCUGUUGCUAUUAUUAUUAUGAUUUUUGUCUCUUGCGUUGUUUUGGAACAUGUCGGCUCUAACUCCGACGUGAAGGACUUUAUGACUUCAGUGUCUCGCCGUUUGGAUGCUUGUAUUCUCCGGUUCUGUUGGCCCCGUCCUGCCUCAGCGGUUUAAAUUAUUCAGAAAGACAACAGAACAUUCUUUUUCUACCUUUUUCACAAGUAUUGCGACUGCUUCUAUAUGUAAUUUCUCUUUUGUGAAUAUGUAAAUGAAAACCGGAGGGGAGGCGUUAUUGUACAGCGGUGCAUUUUGGGCCUUCGGCGGAUAUCAAAGCUUGUUGUAAUGGAUUUGCCAUGCACAGCGCAUUCUUUGAAAUGUCUUUUUUUGUAAGGAAACCUCCUGAGCGCUCUCUCUUGCAUAUAUGGAGGGGCGGUGGGAACUCUGAAAAGGUACUACUCCAUUAAUACAAUGAUGCACCUUCUCAAGAA